GAUCAUGUUCCAUUUGUAGCCACUCGGCAGGUGACUGAGUGCUUUUCAUUCAACGAGGCGAUUUCAGCAGGAUGAUGCUGUCAGAGGCUCUUUUCUGUCUCACAUGUGUUUUCUUGUGGAACAAGGCCGAGAUGAGUGAUUUGGAGACAUUUGUGGAUCACAAGACGGGCUUUAUAUUGGCUGAUGUUGGUGGCACCGUGACUCUGCAAUGUUCUUUUGAUGCAAAAGAAGCCACUUAUUUCUGGUACAAACAGACCCUGGGAGAGAAACCACACCUGAUCUCUGUGAGUUACAAAUUAGAGGAAGGAGGUACUUUUUACGGGGCGUUCAAAGACAAACCACGAUUCAGUCUGGAAACUGAACAGGGGAAGAGUCGGUUAAACAUUUCCAAUUUGCACCCGUCAGACACGGGAACAUACUUCUGCGCAAGUUGCCUUUCGUUCCUGCUCAAGUUUGUGAAAGGUGUUACAGUCGUCGUGCAAGAUUCAGCUGCGGGAGGCGAAGCUUUGGUCCACCAGGCGCCGUCUGAAACCGCACGGCCCGGAGACUCCGUGACUCUGAACUGUACGGUCCAAACUGGGAGCUGCCAGGAAGAACACAGAGCUUACUGGUUCAGACAGUCCUCAAAAUACGAUCCAGGGCUCCUUUAUCUCCGUGGAGUCACGGCGGACCAAUGUCUGAUGAGUCCCGACACGCAGACUCACACCUGUCUGUACAAACUGCCAAUGGAGAACAUAAAAAAGUCUCACGCUGGGACAUAUUACUGCGCUGUUGCCUCCUGUGGACGGAUAGUGUUUGGAAAGGGGAUGAAAUUGGAUUUGGAAAGUGAGCCGAACUCGCUGGUGCAUUUGAUGUAUUUCUUAUGCGCAGCUUUGAUUUUCACCAUCGUCCUAAAUGUUUUACUGGCCGCCAAACUGUACAAGAAACACAACAAAGACAGCUGCCAAACUCCAGGUACCUGCUGGCUUUGUAUUCAGGUUAAACACAUUUCCUCAUUUAAAAAAAAGCCUUUGUCUUUCACAGUAUUUCAAGGAAAGUCUUCGUCUUGUCCAGCUGCAGAUGGAGAGGAAGACAUUCUCCAUUACGCCGCUGUGAAUGUCAACCAGCCCACCCGACCAAGAAGGCAGAAGAAAAGUCAAGAGACCGAAUGUGUUUACUCCUCUGUGAAGCGUUAGAGAUCGGGAAGAUUUUUGUCUUAAAUGUGUUUUAGUUGGCAAGUUUGGAGUUUAAGUAAUUAUGAAUAAUGAAACCGAGUUUUGAUGCCCUUGACCUAUUUCAUCCCAAACUUUACAUUCCUGUCUGAUGUCUUGAGAUGUUGCUUCAGUAUUUCCAUGUAUUGUGGGAAAUGCACCAGUUCUUCCACACUCAUUCUUUAACGUUGGAACAGUACUGUGAGAUUUGAAAUCUUCUCUCAUUUUACUCAAAAAUAAAGCAGUUGCCGUGUGAGUAAACAAAUCAGUGGCUGCUUUGAGCACGCGUGGAAAGGUUAUUUAAAGACGACCCCAAAGUGAUUCUCUGUACAGUUGUUCAGCCAUUUACACGCUGAUGGUGGCAAGAUAGUGGAUCGUUGCCACAGCAAGGGAUGUUCUGACUGAAACAAGGCUGCGAUGCACCAGCGCCACCAGGAGGAAAGGCAGGUGAAGUGUCCAACAGGAGGGUGGAGCAGGGAUCAAACCAGCAACCUGCCAAUGCUGAGGCAAACGCCUGCCACCAUCAAGAAGCUUCGCAGAACCUGUUAAAAAUGAAGCAAAGCAGCAUUCUGUGAAUAUUUCUACUAAUAAAGAUAUUUAUCGGCAGUAAUGUUCAUUUAUUAAGAUGCUCUCCAAUCUGCAAGUUUCUUUGAACAGAC